GCGGCGCGACCCGGGAGGGCGGACUCUUUCCUCGCCCUCGUGGUCCCCUCCUCCCUCUUCCUUUUUAAAAGACGCUGGCAGGCAGGACUGUCAGCCACCCGGCUGCUGUUUGUACUUGGCCGCGGCGGGAGUGUCUCCAGCUCUUCUGACAGGCAGGGGCGGAGGACCUGCACGUGGGGAACCACUUCUCUUUUCUUCGGGCUCCGCUCGGGACCCGGCGACACCCACGAGUCAGGACACUACGCGUUCCUGAAGGUGGCAGUCCCGGGAGCGAUGGCUCCCGCGAGGCGUGGGGAGGGAGGUGGCCGGGGACUUGGCACGCCACUCGCGCCCGGAGCGCAAUGAGCGGGGCAAAGGGUGCCAGCGGCAGUGCUAGCAGGCUCCUUCGGCGGGUGCCACUCGCACCCGCGCACCAUGCUGACCACUGGCCUGCGGAGCCUGCGGCGCAGCCCCUGCAGCCUUCCCGGCCCCUGCUAAUCCACGCCUGAGCGGGCGCCGAGCCCCGGGGAAGGCAGAACCGUGGUGCGCCCCGAACUCCAGCUGCGCGUCCCUCCCAGAGCCCCAGCUGCGCGUCCCUCCCGGCCGCCCAGGGCGCGCGGUGGCGAUGGGGGCGCUGCUGGCGCUCUGUCUCCUCCUAGGCGGGCUGUGCUGGGACCCGGCGGUCGCCCAGCAGCCCGGCGAAUACUGCCACGGCUGGGUGGACGUACAGGGCAACUACCAUGAGGGUUUCCAGUGCCCAGAGGACUUCGAUACCCUGGACGCCACCAUCUGCUGCGGUUCCUGCGCGCUCCGCUACUGCUGCGCUGCGGUCGACGCCAGGCUGGAGCAGGGAGGCUGCACCAACGACCGUGGCGAGCUGGAGCACCCGAGCAUCACUGCGCAGCCUGUCUACGUCCCCUUCCUGAUCGUCGGCUCCAUCUUCAUUGCAUUCAUCAUCUUGGGCUCGUUAGUGGCUAUUUAUUGUUGUACCUGCUUGAGACCCAAGGAGCCCUCGCAGCAGCCAAUCCGCUUCUCCCUCCGCAGCUAUCAGACGGAGACCUUGCCCAUGAUCUUGACCUCCACGAGCCUCAGGGCACCUUCCCGGCAGUCCAGCACGGCCACCAGCUCCAGCUCCACAGGUGGUUCCAUCCGCAGGUUCUCUUUUGCCAGGGCUGAGCCAGGCUGCCUGGUCCCCUCACCACCCCCGCCUUACACCACAAGCCACCCAAUCCACCUGACCCAGCCGUCAGGUUUCCUCGUGUCAUCCCAGUAUUUUGCCUACCCUGUCCAGCAGGAGCCCCCGCUGCCUGGGAAGAGCUGUCCAGACUUCAGUUCCACCUGACAGUACAGGGCCAUGAAGCCACUGUGUAGUCGAUGGCAGGCACACUCAUCGUCCUGGAAGAAAGUGCUAGAAAGAUACGUGCCUUCUAGUUUUAAGGUUUUUAGUGCCAGUCACAGAAGGUUUGACUUUGCAAGCAUGGGUGACCAUUUCACUUCAGUUUAUGCCACUUUUAUGAAAAAUGCACAACAGUUUGACUGUAGAGUUGCAGACUGGCAGAAAAUUCAGCUUUACUGCCUAGAAAAGAAAUACUUGUUUCUUUUUAUGUGUUUAUCAAGUUAAAUACAAAUAUAUAAGUAAGAAAGGAAAACACCUAACUGUAAUUAUCAAAGGUUCACUUAAAAAUUAACUAUUAAGCAAACUUAAGGGGGGGCAGGAAACCAUCUAUUUAUAACUUUGGGACUAAUCUAAUCAUGAAGAAUAUUAGCAUGGUGAGAACAUUCGCUUUUUAAAUUAAUAACUAAAUUUUGUUUAAAAUACCAGAGUUUGUCAUAAUAUAAGAUUUCAGUAACCACAUGGGUUUAAAGUUUAAAUAUAUACUCAGACAUUCAUUAUAACAUAAGUUCUAUGUGGAAUCACUUUCCCUACCCACCAGAGGGAAUAUUUAUUACAGACUUUUUGUUCAGCAACAUUUAGUGUUUAAAUGAAAGUUGGACAAUUGGGUCUUAAAACAUUUAUUUGUAAAAUGAGGUAUGUAUAAAUAUAAAGAACUGUAAUUUAAUGUAUUUACCACAUUGACGAUACUAAUUAUUUAGUAGUCACACUGUGAUUUUUAUGUUAAUAAUAACUCUGGAGUUUAAAGUAAAGCUAUUGGUGUAAUCAUCUUAUAUUACAUGUCUCAAAUACCACUGAAUUCCAUGUCUAAUGACUACAUAUUUGGGCAUAUAACCUGUUGGGUUAGAAUAAAUAAAAUAAUUUUCAUGAAUUCUA